GCGAAGACAGGCAGACGCUGAUGGCAGCCGCCGAUGCGCCGGGGCGGUGCGCGAGCGCAUCCACCUUUCUCUCUCGCUUGAAGCGCGUGCUCGCCUUUGCCGCCGGAGGUGUGCUCGCGGCGCUCGCUGUGCUGACUGUCGUCAAGUUCUCCACGUACACCAAUAUCCCGCUCCUGAUCCGCGCGAUAUGGAAUCUCAUCUUUGGGUCCUUGAUCGUGAGCAUGCAGCUGCACGCGCAGUGGAUUGACCGGCUCAUCACGCGGCGGUUUGGGAUGUUGGACACCCGCGUCGGGAUCGGACUCUUUUACUUCUUUGUCGGACAGAACGGGCUGCUCGUGGCAAAGACGGACAGCCCGCUGGACGAGCCGGUGGUCGUCUUCUCUUGGGCUGUCUGCAUCGGCUGCUGGGUGGUUGGCGUCAUCGAGAUGUGUGGCCCGGCGCGAGGCUCUCAUCACGUCGCCGCAACCUCGCCCGGGGAGAUGAACACUGCGGCCGAGCGCGCGGCGCCGCUCAUCCUGAAUGCGGAGAACCUCACCAUCGCCGGCUCGGACCUCGCGCGCCAGCCCCAGGUCGCGGCUGCGGUCUGGAGCGCCACGGUCGCAGCUGCCUCUGGAGGCGGGACCGCUGGAGACGCGCUGGCGGCAGCCGACAGGCAGGAGGCGGGAGGCGGCUCAAACCCCUUCCUCCGGCCCGGCCAGCAGCAGCCCGACUAGCCUCCGGGCCGGGCGCACUAUUGUUCAUAGGCGCGCGAUGAUGGCGUGGUAUUCGUUUCGCGGCAUCGGCUCCUAGAUCGGCUCAGAUCUCCCCGCGCCCCUCUCAGCCUCUCAGCGACCGCGCCUCCGCACGCUUGACACUCGGGCCUGCCAUUGUAGACAUGAAUCAUAGGAAUGGGUAAAAAGGAGAGCACCAUGUCGAUUAA